AGGCGCAGUCUCGCGUUCCCGCGCCGGCUCCCAACGCAGUGCGCCCGCUCCGGCGGAGAGUAGUGGGGUUGCUCCGCUGUCUUCCUCCGCUUUUUGCUGCUUCGGCGUGCGCUCUCUGCGGCUUUGCGAGCGUCUCUGAGUGCGGGCAGCGGCCGCGGUGGGUUCGUCAGGUUACCUUAUGAUGAAGCUUUUGCUAUGGCUAAUGACCCCUUGGAAGGCUUCCAUGAAGUAAACCUUGCUUCACCUACUUCUCCGGACCUUCUUGGUGUGUAUGAAUCAGGAGCUCAAGAGCAGACUACCUCACCAAGUGUCAUCUACCGGCCACAUCCUUCAACUUUAUGCUCUGCCCCUAUCCAGGCUAAUGCGUUAGAUGUUUCUGACCUUCCUACACAACCUGUGUAUUCAGCCCCCAGACGUUUAAAUUGUGCAGAAAUAUCUGGUAUCAGCAUCCAUGUUACAGACCCAGCACUUUGUUCUACCUCUGGAGUCACAGCUGGGUUAACUAAAUUAACCACGAAAAAGGACAGCUGUAAUGCAGAGAGGGAGUUUUUACAGGGUGCUACUAUAACAGACGCUUGUGAUGGCAGUGAUGAUAUUUUUGGCUUGAGUACGGAUAGUCUGUCCCGUUUACGAAGCCCAUCUGUUUUGGAAGUCAGAGAAAAGGGGUAUGAAAGAUUAAAAGAAGAACUUGCAAAAGCUCAGAGGGAGCUGAAGUUAAAAGAUGAAGAAUGUGAGAGGCUUUCUAAAGUGCGAGAUCAACUUGGACAGGAGUUGGAAGAACUCACAGCUAGUCUAUUUGAGGAAGCUCAUAAGAUGGUGAGAGAAGCAAAUGUCAAGCAGGCAACAGCAGAAAAACAGCUAAAGGAAGCACAAGGAAAGAUUGAUGUACUUCAAGCUGAAGUAGCUGCUUUGAAGACACUUGUAUUGUCCAGUUCUCCAACAUCACCUACACAAGAGCCUCUGCCAGGUGGAAAGACACCUUUUAAAAAGGGGCACACAAGAAAUAAAAGCACAAGCAGUGCUAUGAGUGGCAGUCAUCAGGACCUCAGUGUGAUACAGCCAAUUGUAAAAGACUGCAAAGAGGCUGACUUGUCUAUGUAUAAUGAAUUCAGAUCUUGGAAGGAUGAGCCCACAAUGGACAGAACGUGCCCUUUCUUAGACAAAAUCUAUCAAGAAGAUAUCUUUCCGUGCUUAACAUUCUCAAAAAGUGAGUUGGCUUCAGCUGUUCUGGAGGCUGUGGAGAACAAUACCCUAAGCAUUGAACCGGUGGGACUGCAGCCCAUUCGAUUUGUGAAAGCGUCUGCAGUGGAAUGUGGAGGACCAAAAAAAUGUGCUCUUACUGGCCAGAGUAAGUCAUGUAAACACAGAAUUAAAUUAGGAGACUCAAGCAACUAUUACUACAUUUCUCCUUUUUGCAGAUAUAGGAUCACUUCUGUAUGUAACUUUUUUACUUACAUUCGAUAUAUUCAGCAGGGACUUGUGAAACAGCAGGAUGUUGAUCAGAUGUUUUGGGAAGUUAUGCAGUUGAGAAAAGAGAUGUCAUUGGCAAAGCUGGGAUAUUUCAAAGAGGAACUCUGAUGCUCUCUGUGCCUGGAAACAUGCUUGAACCUCCCUGAAUAACUGGAGAAUAGCUGAAUAUUUUUAUGAUUACUUGAUAUUUAUUUCCAAGAAGUGGGCCCAAGACUUUUUCACUCUUUAGAAAAUUACACUAAGAAGUACUGUGAUUUGUUUUAAACUGACCUAUGCUGUGUUUGCUUAUUCUGUAGUUGAACACAUUAUAAAGAAAAAUUACAGGUGUACUAGUGAUUGUAAUUUAUAGUUGAAAGAAGAGCUAAAUAAAUACAUGUUAGAUU